AUGGCAUCGUCCCAAAUACGUCAGUUUGCCACCCUCAUAGAUCAGCUGCCCUGUGAAGCUGAUGAUUACAACCUGAUGGAAAAUUUCGAGGAUUACAAUAAAUGUUUUGAAAGCUCUACGCAUAGCAAUAAGGGGAAAAAAACUGAUUCCUUUUCCCCCUUUAACUCCAACUUAAGCCAUUAUAUAAAAAAUAUAUCGAAUAGUCAGGUGAACCCUAACCUGAGCAACACAAAUAAUAGGAUGAAAAACUCCAUUUCGUCAAACGAUGAUGAUAGUUCGAAUGUAGAAAAUAAUACCAAUACGCAAAAUAAAAACAGUGAAGAGGAAAAUAUAAUCAGGUGCAACGGGUACAAUUUGAACAAAACCGAGUCCAACUCAUUCGCAAACAAUGACCCCGUAGCAUAUUUCGAUAAACAAAAUAUGCUUUACGAAAAUGAUGUAAACAUAAAUGCCAUACACAGCUACGAUGACAGGAACGCUCUAUUUAUCUAUGAUAACGAUUUGAUGAAAGAUGAGCAGAGCAAUUACAUCGAGACUGUGAAUAGCGAAAUGGACAACAGGGGCUGCAAGUACGAGGCAAGCAGGGGGAUACCGGUGUGCAAGAAAAACAUGAUUGAAAUUAUCCACUGUAACAAUGAAUGCCUGAUGGACGCGAAGUUCGCCAGCGACAGGAGCGGCGCUAGCCACAAUGGUAGCAGCGGAGGCAAAAGUAGCGGUAACGGAAGCAGUGGAAGCAAAAGUAGCGGAAGCGCCAAUAACAGUCGGGGAAACAGAAGCAGCGGUAACAACAGCCGCGGAAAUAACAGCCGGGGCAAUACCGAUCUUCGCAAAAAGAAUGGAGACGUGUCGCUGUACAAUUUUAGCGCCCCCUUCAACGACAAAGCGUGCGAACAGAAUGACGAAAACAUCGUUUACAGGUACAGCCCCAACACGUUGCCCUCGAAUAAUGAUAGUUAUGGAAUCAAAAAGAAGGCCGCCAACUUUAGAAAAGGUGCCCUUCCGAACAAGGAUGAGGAACACGAUGCAGAUAAGCCAUUGCACAGCUGCAAAAACCUUGCCCAUUCAGCAGGAGAGAGAAAAAAGGAAAAUCCUCACGAUAGAGCCCCGUUGGUGGAAGAAAAAGGAGAAAAUCAUGAAAUUAACGAUGAAGGAAUGCACGAACAUACAAGUAUUAACAACUCGCAGAGGUGUGACCAGAACAGUAGCAAACGGAAGGGGAAUAAAAACGUCAAUGUGAAAAAUGCCAUUGGUGAAAACUCAACGGUAAUUGAAUAUAAGGACUUCUGCGACAUGGUAAAAAAAUGUGACGAAGUUAAUAAAAAUAUUUUAUUCUCCAAAAAGGCAAAGGUAAUCAAAUUGGACGCGAACAAAUCAUUGAUUAUUUUUCCUGUGAACAUUCAUGACUAUGGAGACAAGUACAUUGCAGUGAACCAGAAGGAUCUCCUUGAGUACAUAUCAUCAUCAAUCGAAAUUGACAACGAAGACUUAUCCUCGCUAAAGAUAAAAAAUUAUCAAAAGGAAAAGGAGCUUCAAAAUAUGAAAGCAGCCUACAGUAUGCAGACAACCAACAUUCAUUACCUCAUCAACAGGGUUAUAUUCAAAGAGUGUGAGUAUGAAAACUUAAAAAACAAAAGUUUGACACUUGAGCAGGAGAUAAAUAAACUAAUCCAGGAAAUUAAUUCUUUAAUCAAUCAUAACAAGGAAGGGUUGUACAUGCAAAAGGCAUUUAUUGAUUAUAAAUGCAAAUGUGUGUUGAAGUUACAAGAACUGCAACCUCAUCUAGGGGAAUACUAUUACGACAUUUUUAAUUACAUCACUUCAUGUAGAACGUUAGGACAACUAAGUAUCUGGAUUCCUGUUUUUGAAACGAAAACAGAAUCUCUGGAAAGUAUUGCAAAUAAUUUAAUUAAAAUUAUGUUAAACGGAUUAGGUGCUCCUUUCAAUUCAUCACCCCAAUAUUUUCUGUCAAACAAAAAAUUAUUGAAGAAGUCCAUAUCUAUAGAAUCCGAAGAAGAUAGCUUUAUUAACAAUAUAGCUAAAAGGAAAAUCAUAGAUAAUUAUUUAGUGAACCAUUUGAAUAGCUUCAACACGACAAAGGAAAAUAACUCACACUUUUCAAACUGUCAUUCAUUAUGUCUAAACAGUGAGGAAUCGUCGUCCUUCCUAGGGACAGAAGAAUUGUUCCUCAAUUCGUCCAAGUUUCCUUCCAUGCAUUCAGUGGUACAAAAAAAUGGAGUCGAUAAUAACAGCAAUAAUCGUAACAAUAGUAGUAGCAAUAAUAAUGGAUGGAGGAUGAAAAAUAGAAGAGAAAAUUUUCUGAACAAACUGAACAGAUCCAACACUACUCCGGAGAACUUUUGUGUUAAUAACGAGUCCUACACCAAAUGGGAUGCUCAUAGUAUUAGAAAUGGGCGUGACUUUCCCGCUAGUCAUAUGCAAGACAGUGACCAUAAAAUAGACGCUUCUUUGACGCCAGAUGAAAGGCAACCCGUUAAGCGCAAGCAGGUGGGGAGUAACUAUGAGGAGAAGGACAUGAAGAAGAUCAGAUUUAUUGGUAAGGAAUGCAGUAGAAAUGACUUGUCUCAUGGCACACUCGAUGGAGGCAAGGAUGGAUGUAACGAGGUGGGAUUGUUCAUUAAGGGGGAAGAGUCCUCCCUCUUAGAGAAACCAUUUGGGGAAAGCAAACCCCACAGGGGUUACAAAACUGAGACGAAUUUAUACACCGAAACGAGAAACAACGUGGCGGAGGAGACAUACAGAAAAGAUUGGUGCCAAAAGAUACAUGAGCACGAAUAUGAUUCGCAAAAUGAAGGAAAUGACGACGAAGAUGUGGUCGAUGUUUAUAAGAGUAUGAUCGAAAGUAAGUCGGCACUCACAAGUUGGCAGAGGAGUCAAAAAGGGGGAUGCGAAAAUGAGGCGUUCGACGAUCUAAUUGAGGUGGUCAAUGCAGACAAAAUGGGGGAUGGAACCAUCCCUCCAAAUGUGGACGACGAAAGGGAGAGUGCAGCUAGCAGCGUCGUAGAGGUAGCAUUGGACGGCAGAGAAGUGUCCAAGGGGCGAAGGGUCAUCGGGGCGGAGCCCCAAAUGUGCAUAAACAUAGACACGGACAUGGAGGCGGAAAUGGAAGCAGAGGUAGAUGCGGAGAUGGAAGCGGAGAUAGAAGCCGAAAUGGAAGCCGAAAUGGAAACGGACCUCAACGCAGGAGAGGACGCGUUCCUGAAUGGCCAACCUGUCCAACUCAAUAGCACGCAACUUGCCAUCCAUGUGAGACGAAAGAGUGAUGCAGAAUUAGACACACUCAACAAGAGCGAAGGAGAGCACGAAUUCGCGAACAAAAAGGGCGCUGCUGAAGAAAGGGGAAGAGAGGUUAAAUGCGCACCGAAGAAUCAGAAAAGAGCAGGUGAAGCUAAUAAGCAAAAGCGAUUCAAGGAGCUGGAUAGUGCUGUGGAGGAGAGGGGUCAGGACACGAAAAAAAAAAAAUAA